GAAUGGAUACUAAACGACGCCGAAAAGGAGAUCCGGAAGAUUAAGAUCGAAGAGAAUCGUAAGUCGAAAGACUUGAAGAUAACAAUCGGUGACAAUAAUAGGUCGAAACCGAUGGACACAUCGCCCGUACAGUCGCCCAUACGGUCACCGAUAGGGAUGGCAGCAAACGAUUGUCAAUCGGAAGCUUAUAAUAGCGACAAUAAUAGCAAUAAUGCCACAAAUGAAUUCAAUAAACUUCAGUCCAAGAAAUACAUGAAAAUAUGUUCAGUUUGUGGCGAAAAGGCUAUCGGCUAUAACUUUUGUGCCAUAACUUGUGAAUCAUGUAAGGCUUUCUUUCGUCGAAAUGCCACUAAAAUUCAGGAGUAUAAGUGUCCGUUUGAUGACAAAUGCAAAGUAGACAUCAAGACCAGAAAGUUUUGCCGCAGAUGUCGGCUCCGGAAGUGCUAUGCCGUCGGAAUGAAACAAGAAUGGAUACUGAAUGAGGAGGAAAAGGAGAUCCGGAGGCACAAGAUUGAAGAGAACCGUCGAUGUCGUCAAGUAAAUGAUGGCAACAGUAAUCACAGCAAUACUAGCAAUACUUCGGGCUAUAAUCCACCGCCAAAUCCGUUGAUAAUUAACGGAGCGCUCGCUUCGGAGACACAGUCUAAGCCGCCGCCGAUGAGCCUAUUCCCGGACAAUAGCCCCACAUAUGACAAGUCUAAUAAUCACAACAUUAACAACAAUAAUUAUAAUAACAUUAGUAGUUAUAACCACAAUAACAAUAUGAUGGUAAAUACUAUGUAUGCCGGCAACUAUGCAACAAACGUGAUGAAAAUGAUGGAUCAGACCAUUGAUCGUAUGAUACGGUCGGAGAGUCCGUUCCCACCGACGGCUGUGAAGGUGUCGGUCAUCAAAGGGACGGCCAAUAAGUGUCCCUUUGAUAACAAAUGUAUGGAAAACGAGAUCAACAAAAGACUUUGCAGAAUAUGUUGUGAAACAUAA